GGUUUGUUCUUGUUGCUGAUUCAGAUUUAACCCCCAUCCUUCUUACUUCCCAGUUCUCCCUUCCCUCCUCCUUCACCCUCCCUCCAGUCUCUCCCCCUACCGUCCUCUCCCACCUCCAAUUGAUCAUGGCAUCAGAAGCAGAAAAAACAUUCAAACGGUUUGCUGUCUUCGGAGAAUCAUCAAGCAGUGGCGUUGAAAUUAACAACAAAAACUUCUCCAAGCUGUGCAAAGACUGUGGCAUCAUGGAUGGCAAGAUGGUCACUUCCACUGAUGUGGACAUCGUGUUCAGCAAAGUCAAGGACAAGAAUGCACGAACCAUCACAUUUCCACAGUUCCAGGAAGCAAUGAAGGAGCUGGGCCAGAAGCGAUUUAAGGGGAAGAACCCAGAUGAAACCCUAGAGAACAUUUAUAAACUCAUGGAGGGCAAGGAUCCAGCUACCCCUGGUGUUACUAAAGCAACAACCGUGGGCGGAGUGAGCCGGCUGACAGACACCAGCAAGUACACUGGCAGCCACAAGGAGCGCUUUGACGAGAGUGGCAAGGGCAAAGGCAUAGCAGGACGGGAAGAGAGGAGCGAAAACUCAGGCUAUGUGAGUGCCUACAAGGGUGCUGGCACCUUUGAUAAGAAGAAGAAGGAGAGUAAGUAGGGAGUAACCUCAUCUUAGCCUGCCAGCCCUUGACCCAACAUCUUUAAUACUGGGGAGCUCAGAAAACAAUAAAUAUGUGUGUG